GAGGGAGCUUCCAUCUUCUCUCUGCUUCUUCAUCCUCUUUUAAGGGCAAUUUAGACGUAGACUUAGAUCAGAUUCCGAACCUAAUUCAUGAUUAGCUGACUGCAGUGAGAAAAGGAAGAGUCUGGAAUAGUUUUGAUGCAGUUAGGUGGAUAUGAAGUGAAAAGUGUAUUUAUCAUUUUUCCUCCUUUUUUUGGUUUUGUUGCAUUUUUUGCACUCUCACAGGAGGCGUUUUGCUGAUGUCUUUCUCACGCGGAUGCAUUUGAGAUGAGAGGCGAAAAGCAAAUAUUGCUCUUUUAUUUCUAAACGAACACCAUGCCUGCACGCGUGUGUGUUUUCCCGGAGAAUGGAAGCGUAUGACGGGAUUACUAUAUUCUCACACUUUUCCCGAUACCCAGCUCAACUAAAUAGAGUCGCCAAUACCGAUCGGGCUAAUUGGAUUUUAUAACAUCCACCUACUCAUCAUAAAAUAACAGCAAACUCGUGUUUUUAGCGCGCGGCAGAGGGGAUAAGUUGCAUAUUUCUGUAAUGCUCGAAAGGCAGCCGCGAUUUCGGGCAGUGCAAUUUACAGAGACUAUACCUUUAGACUAUCUCGUCUUACACAAAUUAUCCGACAGAAACUGAGCAACUUCAGCGUGUUUUUUCUGUAGGAUGUCGCGCCGCAAGCAAGCUAAACCAAGAUCACUGAAAGUAGAAGACAAUGUGACAGAGGACCAGCACAGUCCUGGGCAGACUGCCAUUCCAAGCGAUCCAGAGUGCGCCCUCGAGAGGGCGGCGGAGGAUGGUGAGACUGGGCGUCUGAGGAAGAGGCUGCUCUCUCCAGAGGAAGGAGAAGAGGGAGAGGAGGAGGACGAGGAGCCCGCGCUGCACAGCUGCGACAGCUGCCGGCAGGUGUUCGAGUCGCUGAGCGAUCUCACCGAACACAAGAUUAAUCAAUGCCAGCUGACAGACAGUGCUGAUCUUGAGGAUGACCCAUCAUAUUCAUGGCCAGCAUCAUCUCCCUCCAGUAAGGAUCAGACUUCUCCAGGACAUUGUGAGGACUAUGAUUUUGGCGAGGAUGAAGGAGGCCCUGGCCUGCCAUAUCCAUGUCAGUUCUGUGACAAGUCCUUCAGCCGCUUAAGCUUUCUCAAGCGUCACGAACAGAGCCACGGUGACAAACUCCCAUUCAGCUGUACCUUUUGCAGCCGACUGUUCAAGCACAAGCGAAGCCGAGAUCGACACGUAAAGCUACACACCGGGGAUAAAAAGUACCACUGUGGGGAAUGUGACUCUGCCUUCUCCCGCAGCGAUCACCUCAAAAUCCACAUGAAAACUCACGCCUCUAACAAACCCCACAAGUGCCCUGUGUGCCGCCGAGGCUUCCUUUCCUCUAGCUCUCUCCACGGCCACAUGCAAGUUCAUGAAAGGGGCAAAGAUGGCAGCAGUUCAGGCCUUUCUAGAACUAAUGAAUGGAAUCUGAAAGAAACCCGCAAGUGCAGCCGUUGUGAGGAGGGCUUUGAUGUCCCAGAAGACCUCCAAAGGCACAUUGCUGAGUGCCAUCCUGAGUGCUCUCCAUCAGAGGAUGGAGGCCUGGGUGCCACCCUGCAGUGCAUCUACUGCCAUGAGCCCUUCAGUGAUGAGGGCACCCUGUUAACCCACAUUGACCAGGCCCACAGCCGAGACAGAAAGGGCCACAACUGUACUAUCUGCUCUGAGCACUUUCUGUCUGUUGAGGAUCUCUAUGCUCACAUGGACAUUCACCAGCUACCAGAAUCUAGUAACCACAGCAACAGCCCUUCCUUGCUGACUGUUGGCUACACCUCUGUAUCUAGCACCACCCCUGACUCAAACCUCUCUGUUGACAGCUCCACAAUGGUGGAAUCUGCUCCACCUGUCCCCAAGGCAAGGGGAAGGAGAAAAAGGGCUGCUCAGAACACAUCAGACAUGGGAGGGCGUUCCUCCAAACAGCCUAAAGUCUCCUACAGUUGCAUCUAUUGCAACAAGCAAGUGUUCUCCAGCUUGGCUGUGCUUCAAAUUCACUUGCGUACCAUGCAUCUGGACAAGCCAGAGCAGGCUCAUACCUGCCAGUUUUGUUUGGAGGUUCUGCCUUCUUUACUAAAUCUUAACGAACAUCUCAAGCAGGUCCACAAUGCAGAAGACCAUGCUGCACUGUUGGCCAGCUUGCCGGAUGCCCUCCUUCAGUGUAACUUCUGCCCCGAGGUUUUAAGCGACCUCAAUGCCCUCCAAGAACACAUCCGCUGCUCCCAUGGCUUUCCCAGUCCUGUGGCCAAAGAGAGCAAUGCCUUCUUCUGUCCCCAGUGCUUCAUGGGGUUCUUGACAGAGACAACCUUGGAGGAGCAUGUUCGUCAGACCCACUGUGAUGGGGGAAGCCUGCGUUUUGACUCCCCUAUGGCUGUAACUCCGAAGGAGUCUAUAGUAGAGGUGUACUCCUGUUCUUACUGCACCAAUUCCCCUAUAUUUAACAGUGUUCUGAAGCUCAACAAGCACAUCAAGGAAAAUCACAAAAACAUCCCACUGGCAUUGAACUAUAUCAACAAUGGAAAGAAAUCUCUGCGCACCCUCAGCCCCUCUUCUCCAAUAUCUAUUGAUCAAACUGUUAUGCUGAAACAAGGCAGCUCAGCCACACGCAAUUGCAAUGAGUUCAUAUGUAACCAGUGUGGAGCCAAGUAUACCAGUUUAGACCUUUUCCAGACUCACCUAAAAACUCAUCUGGAUGGCCUGCAGCCUCAACUCACAUGCCCACAGUGCAACAAAGAGUUCCCAAACCAGGAGUCCCUGCUGAAGCAUGUGACCAUUCACUUCACUAUAACCUCCACUUAUUACAUCUGCGAAAGCUGUGACAAGCAGUUCACUUCAGUGGAUGACCUGCAGAAACAUCUGCUGGACAUGCAUACCUUCGUGUUCUUUCGCUGCACUUUGUGUCAAGAGGUCUUUGACUCAAAGGUAUCUACCCAGCUUCACCUGGCUGUAAAGCACAGCAAUGAAAAAAAGGUGUAUCGCUGCACCUCCUGCAACUGGGACUUCAGACAUGAGACUGACUUACAGCUCCAUGUCAAGCACAGCCACCUGGAAAACCAGGGCCGUGCUCAUCGAUGCAUAUUCUGCGGGGAGUCCUUUGGCACAGAGGUGGAGCUGCAGUGCCACAUCACCACUCACAGCAAGAAGUAUAACUGUCGCUUCUGCAGUAAGGCCUUCCACGCCAUUGUACUUUUAGAGAAGCAUUUGAGAGAGAAACACUGUGUGUUUGAUGGAAAGACACAGAACUGUGGUGCUAAUGGCUCAACCAUCAGUGAUGACCAGCCUAAAGAGGAUGUUCAGCUUCAAAGUCUCCUAACUAACAGCCAUGGUCCAGUGGCAGCAGGAGGAUCUGUGGUGGAGUCCCACAACAGCCAUGAUGGAAGUGAGGAAGAGAUUGACACUGCAGACCCUAUGUAUAGUUGCGACAUCUGUGGAGCGUCUUACACCAUGGAUUCACUCCUUACUAACCAUCAGUUGAGGGACCACAAUAUCCGUCCUGGUGAGAGCGCCAUGGUAAAGAGGAAAGCUGAAAUGAUCAAAGGGAAUCACAAGUGCAAUGUUUGCUCCCGCACCUUCUUUUCUGAGCCUGGGUUGAGGGAACAUAUGCAGACCCACCUUGGGCCUGUCAAACACUACAUGUGUCCAAUCUGUGGGGAGCGCUUCCCUUCCCUGCUCACUCUGACCGAACACAAGGUCACGCAUAGUAAGAGUCUGGACACAGGCAGCUGCCGCAUCUGUAAGAUGCCACUGCAGUGUGAAGAGGACUUCCUUGAGCACUGCCAAAUGCACCCUGAUCUGAGGAACUCCCUCACAGGUUUCCGCUGUGUGGUAUGCAUGCAGACAGUCACCUCAACAUUGGAACUCAAGAUCCAUGGUACCUUCCACAUGCAAAAGACAGGCACUAUGUCCUCCAACCAACCCAUUGGUCGCAGCAAUGUUAUCUCUCAUAACCAGCAGCAACACCAUAUCCAAAAACCUUUCAAGUGCGCCUCUUGCCUGAAAGAUUUCAGGUCUAAGCAAGACCUGGUGAAGCUGGACAUCAACGGACUGCCUUAUGGACUCUGUGCAUCCUGUGUGACAGCAGCUGGCUCCAAGAGCUCAAGUCCAACAGUAAAUGGAGGAAGGCAACAGCAGCAGCAUGGGGGAGCCACCACUCCGGCAACAACUACAGCCGCAUGGAUUCAGGGGGAGAGUCUCAGUCCUGGAGAUGGAAAAGGCAAAACUGUCUCCUCAUCCUCCUCAUCCUCUUCUACAUCUUCAUUAUCAGCUGCCAAGACACGGUGCUCAAGCUGUAAUGUGAAGUUUGAGUCUGAAGCAGAGUUGCAAAACCAUAUCCAGACAGUACACCGGGAACAGGCUGGGGACAGCAACAGUGGGCACCUCAAGACCCCUCAGGUUUCUCCCAUGCCCAGAGCCAGUCCUUCACAAACUGAAGAGAAGAAGACAUACCAGUGCAUCAAAUGUCAGAUGGUGUUCUACAGUGAAUGGGACAUCCAGGUUCACGUGGCCAACCACAUGCUGGGCUCACAAGUGUCUGGAUCACAUCACCAAAUAGAGGAAGGACUGAACCAUGAAUGCAAGCUCUGUAGUCAGUCAUUCGACUCGCCAGCGAAGCUUCAAUGCCACCUGAUCGAGCACAGCUUUGAGGGCAUGGGAGGAACCUUCAAGUGCCCUGUCUGCUUUACAGUGUUCGUCCAAGCCAAUAAGCUCCAGCAGCACAUCUUCUCUGCCCACGGCCAGGAGGACAAGAUCUACGACUGCUCGCAGUGCCCGCAGAAGUUCUUCUUCCAGACAGAGUUACAGAACCACACGUUGACUCAGCACAGCAGCUAACGUGGCAGAGAUCACGACGCAGAGAAUAAUGUCUGACCGGCAAUUACCGUCAGCGCAGUUUCCCACUGACUGUCUCGCACUGAACUUUCGAUUCAGUUACACCACAAGGAACCACGCCACAGCGAGAAAAAAGAAAAGCAAAGAAAAUAAAAGAAAGAGGGGGAAAGAUCACAAAUAUCCCCUCUCUCUUCUCUAACCAUUAUUUCAAAAAGAAAAAAGCCAACUUGUUUGUACAUAGAAUUCUUCAUGUGUUGCUUAACUACAGCUAUAUUGCAAUCUUAUACAGUAUUUGCCAAUGUACAGUUCAAAAUGUUUGUCCAAAAAAGAGAAGACGGUUAAAAAAAAAAAAAAAAAGAUCAAUGACGUUGUCAAUCAGACCAGAUGGGACUCAAGCAGUUGUGUGAAGGAGAAACAGGGUGCCACUGAGAGCAAAGGAAGCUGAAGGAACCCGUCAGGAGGACUCUUUUCAUCAGCACCCCUCCUACUGCGCAGUGUAUCACUCUCUGUCCCAACAUGGUCAAUCAUUACGGGACAGAAAACGCUCGAUUCACCAGCAUUAAGUCUGUGUGUCCGUCUUAAUAUGGCUGCCAGAGGACCAGCUGAGAACGGCGGUGCGACUAAUCUGCGCUGGAGUUCAGACAAGAGGCGGGAGGGGGGGGGAGAAAAAACAACAGCGAGAACAGAAAAACAGGACAGGAUGCUGAUAUAUGCAAACGCAGUGACACAGAUUUGGAAAAGGCUAGUUCCUCUGGCUGGCUCGUGAACAGAGGCGUGAAGCUCCCAUGUGGCUCUCAGAGCAUGGGGAAAAAUCUCCGGCCCACUGACUCAACCUGUACAUUUCUGUUGUUAAUGUUUACUGCUCGUUGAAGCCUGGAGAUUACUGGAUUUUUUUUCUUCCCUUUUGUUCUGUUAUCUUUACAUAUUUUUCACUGUGGGGAAUAAAUCACGUUGGAUUUGGGGUCAUGAAGUCUUUCUCGGGGAUAAAGCGUGGUAACAGAACUGCGUCCCUGGCUCUCCUGGAGAGUGCCCAAAGUUCCUCCUUUUUUGUUUCUCUGCAGUGUCCCAUCGCUCUCUGCUCAAGCUGGAAGCCACUGUGGCAUCGUAAAAAAAAAACUAAAAAAAACUUUAAAAAACAUUCUGUUCUGUAAAUGUUUGCAUUCAUUAAACCUGAGAUGCACUUUUGUAUAAAGACUUUAAUGUUUUGACAUUUUGAUUGAGAAUUGUUCGUAAACCGUUUACAGGAAAAUCACCACCUCCUGCAGCAAAAGGACAGAUAUCUCUGAUGUUAUAAAAAAAUGUAUUGUACAAAUAUGGAGUUCUGUAUUUGGCAGAACUCGUUUUUUUGUGUUGCACAUGUGAUGGAAAUAUUAAAAAACUGUAUGAGGAAA